AAUUGGCACAUGUAAUUGUUGUGUAUACUUUGUCGUUGAGAGUUGGGAGAGAUAGUUUUGAAAGAACGAAAGAGUCGCAAGCAAACAAUCAGAGAUUGUGGUGAAAGCAAGAUGGGUUCAGUAGCAAAGAAUGGACUCAACAAUUACAUCAAACAGCUUCAGCAACACCCUCUCAGAACCAAGGCAAUUACUGCAGGGGUGUUGUCAGGGAUCAGUGAUAUAGUGUCUCAGAAGCUUACAGGUAUACGGAAGCUUCAAUUUAAAAGACUUCUUCUCAAAGUGAUUCUUGGAGCCGCUUAUCUUGGACCCUCUGGACAUUUCUUUCAUAUAUUACUAGAAAAGAUUUUCAAAGGAAAGAAAGAUUCAAAAACUGUGGCCAAGAAGGUUCUGAUUGAACAAUUGACAUCUUCUCCUUUGAACAAUUUGCUUUUCAUGAUUUACUAUGGAUUAGUUAUUGAAGGCCGACCUUGGGUGCAUGUGAAAGCUAAUGUGAAGAAGGGUUAUCCAUCAGUACAAUACGCAUCAUGGACGUUCUGGCCUGUUGUUGGGUGGAUAAAUUACAAAUUCAUGCCUCUUCAUUUCCGUGUUGUUUUCCACAGCUUAAUAGCAUUUUGCUGGGGAAUAUUCUUGAACCUUCGAGCACGAUCUAUGGCAUUGACUAAAGCAUGAAGGAAAUAAGAAUCCAAGUUUUAGUCUUCACAUUAAGUUGAUGCUCCUGCUUAUUACUCCUUUAGAAGUUUGUUUUAUCAUUAUAAUAAUAAUAAUAUUUUUAUAUAUUUGUAAUUGUGGGCAAAUAUAUUAGCAAUAAAGCAGGUAAUUAAGCAAGCCAGUUUCAUUGUUUAUGGCAACUUUGUAUACUAGAGAAUACAUUUUUGUAAUAUUCCUGCUGCUUCAUGAUGGAGAAAGUACUUUUUUUAUUCCUAUUGAUUCAA